AUGCGGCGACAACAGGAGAGUUCAAAGCUGACCCCACGCCGUCGGCACGCGGUCUCCGGAGUCUCGGCGCAGGCGGAGGUUAAACGCCGUGAGGUGCAAUCGCUAUUGCCCCCCCCCCCCCCACUGAAGGAGGAGGAAACAAACUCGCAGACGAAUCCCCGUCGCAUCGCAGUGAUGCCCAAAACGGCCACCCCUUCACUUCUUCUCCCCUCCAUUGCUUGGCGUCAUCCACACAGAACUGAAGAUGCCGUGCAACAGAAGCCAAGCGGGGCUCGGCGCGGCAAGUAUUACCCUGUUGUGCCUGUGUUGCCGCGUCAUGCGCCAACCCCCGCUUCCACGGCCGAUGACGAGGGAGUGCUUACUCAUUGCAGUGCAUACCGUGACGUCAGGAGAGUAAAAGAAAGAUCAAGGAAAAGGCAAAAGCGUAAGGGCCUUACCAGCCAUGCCCAAUAUACAGCGGGAUAUAUAAGCAGUGCACCAAGGGAGUGA